AUGGAAGAAACAAUAGAAAAUGUUGAAGUAUCUACGAGUAAUGUCUCAAAACAAAAUGACGACGGCUUAGACAUGAAGACUUUGUUUGUAAGGUCUAUUCCCCAGGAUGUCACAGAUGAACAGCUGGCCGAUUUCUUUUCCAAUUUUGCUCCGAUCAAGCAUGCGGUUGUUGUUAAGGACACCAACAAAAGAUCUAGAGGCUUCGGGUUCGUUAGUUUUGCUGUAGAGGAUGACACGAAAGAAGCGUUAGCUAAGGCCAGAAAGACUAAAUUUAACGGACAUACCUUAAGGGUAGACGUUGCCAAAAGAAGAGAUCGUUCAAAGAAAACAUCAGAAGGGGUUGAAAAAAGUACACCAGAGUCUUCUGAGAAAAUAACAGGCCAGAAGAAUGAAAAUGAGAAUGACGCUGACGAUGAAGACUCCAUGUUAAAAGGUAAACCAAAGCUAAUUAUCAGAAAUAUGCCAUGGAGUUGUCGUGACCCGGCCAAAUUAAAAAAGAUCUUUGGCAGAUAUGGUACCGUCGUGGAGGCUACUAUUCCAAGGAAGCGUGACGGUAAAUUGUGUGGAUUUGCGUUUGUUACUAUGAAAAAAAUCAGUAAUUGUAGAAUUGCUUUGGAAAGCACCAAAGAUUUGAAAAUUGAUGGCAGAAAGGUGGCUGUCGAUUUCGCUGUUCAAAAAAACAGAUGGGAGGAUUACAAAAAAGCCCAGCCAGAAGUCAAGGACAAAGACAAUAAUGAGUCUGAAAAUGAAGAAGAAGAAGAAAACGAUGACGAGGGAGAAGAUGGAGAUCAAGAGGAGGAUAGACAAAUAGAUGAAGAUUCAAAAAAAAAAGAACCAACACGUACGGCGCAAAACAAAAGGGAAGACUUUUCCGUUUUUGUUCGUAACGUCCCUUAUGAUGCUACUGAAGAAUCUUUGGCUGCACACUUCAGUAAGUUUGGUAGCGUUAAGUACGCAUUACCUGUUAUCGACAAGUCUACAGGAUUGGCUAAAGGUACUGCCUUUGUAGCCUUCAAAGACCAAUAUACGUAUAACGAGUGUAUCAAGAAUGCGCCUGCGGCUGGCUCUACUUCUUUGUUGAUAGGUGACGAUGUCAUGCCUGAGUAUGUAUAUGAAGGUCGUGUUCUAUCCAUUACCCCAACUUUAGUAAGAGAGGACGCUGGUAGAAUGGCAGAAAAGAACGCCGCCAAAAGAAAAGAAGCCCUAGGUAAAGCUCCAGGUGAGAAAGAUAGACGUAAUUUAUAUUUGCUGAAUGAAGGUAGAGUUGUUGAAGGAUCAAAGAUGGCAGAUUUGCUGACUAAUACUGACAUGGAGAUCAGAGAAAAAUCUUACAAGUUAAGAGUGGAGCAACUGAAAAAGAACCCUUCUCUGCAUUUAUCCAUGACUAGAUUGGCUAUUAGAAAUCUUCCUAGAGCGAUGAAUGAUAAAGCAUUAAAGGCGUUGGCUCGUAAAGCUGUUGUCGAAUUUGCCACGGAAGUUAAAAACAAGGAAAGACAUCCAUUGAGUAAGGAGGAGAUUAUCAGAUCCACGAAAGAAAAAUAUAAGUUCAUGGGUCCAGACGAGAUUGAAGCUCAAAAAAAGAAAGACAAAAAAAGUGGUAUUGUAAAGCAAGCAAAGGUUAUUAUGGAAGUUAAAGGGUCGACUGCGGGAAGAAGUAGAGGGUACGGUUUUGUAGAAUUCAGAGAUCAUAAAAACGCUCUGAUGGGAUUGAGGUGGUUGAAUUGUCAUGCUGUUACCACUGAUGAAAUUUUAGAGGGUUUGAAUGAUGAUGAAAAGAAACAGGUAGACAAUGACUUGGGCAAAGGGAGACGUUUGUGUGUUGAAUUUGCGAUUGAAAACUCUAACGUCGUGAAGAGAAGAAGAGAACAAUUGAAGCAAGCAAGAACCAAGAGAGCAAGACCAGAUAACGAAGAUGCAGAAGAUGUUGGAGAAUCUGAGAAUAAGAAGCCAAAGAAAGAAGAAGGGACAACGGCCAUCAACUCAGACGACAAAAAAAUGGGUGAUGAUAUAAAGAGGAUAAUUGGAUUCAAACGUAAGAGAAAGCACACCAAAAAAUAA